AUGUCCGACAGAAUGGACGGAAUUCCGUUGGGCAGCUUGCCCCAGACUUUCAAUGACACUGUGACGGUGGCGCGUGCGUUGGCUGUCCGGUUUGUGUGGAUUGACAGCCUGUGCAUUGUUCAAGACUCCGCUCUCGACUGGGAGAUUGAGUCGAGAAAGAUGGGGGAAUACUAUGCAAAUUCCCUUUUAACCAUAGCCGCCAUCAACGCCUCAGGCAGCUCGGGAGGCCUUUUCAGCCAAACGAGCCCUUUGGAGCUCGCUCCCUAUCCCAUGGCUGUUACUCUGCCUCCCCCGACACUAUUAACCCCCGGCUUUUUCAGACCGUCGCACGUCGAAGACCCUAGCAGGAAGACCGACGGGUUUCAACGCCCACCGCUGUGGCAGCGCGCUUGGGUUUUACAAGAGCGCCUCCUCUCUCCCCGCUUGUUGAUGUUUUCGACGACUCAAAUGAGCUGGAGAUGCAGGACCGAAGAGGCGUCCGAGCAGAUACCUGAAGGGUCGUCGAUGUGGAUCGGGCGCAGUAACGAGGAUCGAGUCGUAAAACCCAUUCUCGACAGACUCCAGAAACUAGGUGGCGACACUUUUAUCGGUCCAGAUGAGAUACCUUCGACCAGAAUACCCGAUGAAGCGACUCGCGACACGAAAGCCAUUUACGAUGCGUGGUACGAUCUUGUUAUGCUCUACGGCAAAUGCAGUCUUACCUAUCCUUCCGACGUUUUUCCCGCCAUUUCCGGCAUUGCAAGCUCCAUCCACCGCGCCUCUGGUGCUCAGUACGUUGCCGGGCUGUGGAAGCCGGAUCUGCACCGUGGCCUCAUGUGGACGGCUCCCGAUUCCACCUCGUCGAGGACAGACCUGCGGGAGUACCGGGCUCCAUCAUGGUCCUGGGCCUCGUUGCCGGCCACGUGCACCUUCUUCGUUCGAGAGUUGAUCCAAGAGAAGCCAGACGCUAGCUGCAUGGACAUUGAGGAGGCUGCCGUUCAGAUCCAAGGAGCCAACCCCUUCGGUGAGACAUCUUCUGGGAGGUUGCGGGUCAGGGGGUUUUUGAAGCCGGCGUGCCCGUAUUUUCGGGACGGUGGGCUCGAUCCAUUACUGGAAGAGAUCAAGGCGCCGGCGCACUGGAGAUCCGGAGACAAUCUCUUUGAUCUGAACACACGAACGCCAGUUGGUAGGUACACGCCCGAUAACAUUGACCGCAAGCACAUUGCGCAGAUCUGGUGCGCGCCAGUCAUGACGGAAGUCCAUCCAGCGUCUCGCAGGGAAGAAAAUAAAAUUGGAGCGCAGUGUCUAGCGCUGUACUCUCUUGAUCUGGCACGGUGUGAGUAUAUGCGUGUUGGCUUUGUAUGGGUUCAUGAUUUCGGGUGGUUCAGCGAUUGUGCCAUGUCCUCUUACUCUGUUAUUUGA